AUGGGUCCGGUCGUAGUGGUGAAGGACCCGGCAAAGAUCCGGCAAGAGCGACACGCUCGCCCACAGUCACAAUCCCUCCCGUGCACUCACUUCCGCUCACCCCCAGGCGCUCAUUCGCACAGCUUGUCGCAAAGUCCGCCGCAAAGCCGAUCGCACGCGUCGUCGCAUGCGCUUUCGCAAGUUCACCUGAAUUCGCACAGCAAGACGAGACAUCAGCACCGAGGGUGGUUUUCGAGUCUGUGUGGUAACAAUCUCAAUGUAGUCACAUGGUCUGCGAUUUUCUUCGCAGCCAUUCUUUUUCAUCUGCUCGGGCAUACGAAACUCCAUGAACCGGGUAACCACAUUGCGAAGCUGUCAGAUCUGACUGUAGACGGCAAAAGUCAACAAGGACUUAUAUCGAUUCAAAAUGGACUGACUGUAGCGGAAUCUGGGCCGGAAAGCGCGCAAAACGAGGGCCACAUUAGUUACGGCGGGGAUCGCCUGACACAUCCAACGGCUGAGAUUAAAAAGAGAUGGCUAGCUGCGAAUCCCGAGGACGAAGGGCCCGGAAAAUCCGGGAGAGGAAGGACCGACGCCAGGCACGGGGAGGGAGAACCUGGAGGGAAUAGCACCGCUCCGAUUCGUGGCGGGAUUGAUAAGGCGGAGGGGACGCACGAGGCUGGCGGGAAAGAGGAGCGUGGGGGGAAGCAGGAGGACGCGGGGAAACAGGAGGAGGAGGGGAAAGAGGAGGAUGAGGAGGGGAGUGGUAGCAGUUCUCUGGUAGAGCGCGUGAAUGCGAUUGACGGCAGCGGGGAAGAGCAAGUGGAGGAGCGUGAGGGAGGAAAUGUGAGUGAGGACAAAAGGGAGCACGGGGACUGGGAGAGGGAUGGGGGGGAGGAGGGUGGGCGGGAGGGGGAUGGGCGGGAGGAGGAUGGGCGGGAGGAGGGUGGGCGGGAGGAGGGUGGGCGGGAGGAGCAGCUCGCAAUGGUUGGCGCUAUGCUGGAGGGUGGGUGGCCGGGGCAGGAGGUGGCGUGGGGGAAUGCGGGAGGGCUGUGGCCUAGGCAGGGGGAAAAGGGGAGUGCUGUGCGGGAGGGGGGUGUUGAGGGGGAUCGGGUGGUUGAGGGGAAGGCGGAAGGUGAGGGGGAGGCGGAAGUUGAGGGGGAGGCGGGAGUUGAGGGGGAAGGGGGAAGAGACCGGGGUAGGUCAGAUAUUGGUGCUCACAGGAUGGCGGAAGGGGAGGGGGAGGUUGCGGAUGGGGGGGUGUCAGUUGGGGGGAAGGGGGAGGGGAAGAGCGCAGGAGCGGAGGAGGAGGGGGUGGAUGAGGGGGCUGCGGGGAGUGAGGAGGGGAAAGGGGAAGGGGGAGGGGAAGGGGAUGAGGAAAGGGAAGGGGAGGGGGAUGAGGAAAGAGAAGGGGAAGGGGAGGUAGGGGCCGAAAGUGAUGGUGUUGCGGCGAAUAAAGGGGAGGAAGAAGGAGAAGAGGGAAACAAGGGAGAUGUGAGAGGUAGGAGAGGAGGGGAAGGCAUUGGUAGUGUGAAGGCUGUGGGAGAUGCGGAGGGCGGGGAGAGCGAUGAGCAAGCGCGGAGGGAUGGGGAGGAGGAGGGGGGAAAUGGGGAGGAAGGAGAGAGUAGGGAGGAGGAGGAAGAGAGUGGGGAGGAGCAGGAAAUAAAGGGUGGGGAAGAGGAGGGAGAGGGUGGGAACGGGGAGGGAGAGGGUGGGGAAGAGGAGGAAGAGGGUGGGGAGGGGGAAAGAGAGGAUAGGGAGGGCGGGUACGAGGGAGGGGAUGACAAGGAGAGAGGAGGGGAAGGGGACGGGGAGGGCGAGGAGGGUGAGGGGGAAGAAGGGAGGGAGGAUUAUGGGAAAGAGCUGUUGGAAGGGGUUUUAGGGGAAGAUGAAAGGGAUCGAGAGGGGAAAGUGAAAGGGGAAGGGGGGGUUGAUGAUUAUGAUAUUGGGGAAGAGGGAGAAGAGGAGGAGGGAGAGGAGGAAGAGGAGGAAGAGGGGGAGGAGGAGGAGGGAAGCGAGGGGGAUGGUGGGAGGGACCUUGAUGGAGAGAUGGACGAGGGGGGAGCGGGGGCGAGAAAAAGCAGCAAUGCGGGUGCGCGGAAUCCCAAGGAAGGAGAGGGGGAAGCAGAGGGGGAGGCAGAGGGGGAAGCGGAGGAAGAAGCGAAGAUGGGGCUACAGGAAACAGGGGCGGAGGCGGGGGAAGCAGAGGAGGAGUUGGGAGAUGAUUUGGAAGAAGCGGGGUUUGGGGCAGGGCGCAGUCGCAGCCGCAGUGGCAGCCGCAGUAUGGGUGAUUUGGGCAGGCUUGUUGACUUCAAGGGAGUGGGUGCAGGCAAGGAGGAGAGGGUCGAGGAGUCAGGGGAAACAGAGGAGGAGGAACUAGAUGACGAUAUGGAGGAAGUGGGGUUUGGGGUGGGGCGUGGUGGCAGUCGCAGCAUGGGUGAUUUCGGCAAGCUUGUUGGGCUGCAGGGAGUGGGUGCAGAUGAGGAGGAGAGGGAGGAGGAGGAGAGGAUUCACAAGGCAGGAAUCGGCAAGUCCAAGGCAAAGGCGGCAAAGCCGCGGUGGAGGCCGGACAAGGCGUGUGCCAACGUGGCUGAGAUGGGCGAGGCGACAGCUGGCAGCACCGACCAGGCGAGCCUGAAGCUGCGGCGAAUGAUCGAGCGACACCUGGCGGUGCACGGUGCCUCUGCCCUGCGUGCACUGCCCGCUCACGAGUUCUGUCAACGGGGCUUCGUGCUGGGAUAUGGCAAGCACGAGGGGCUGGGCAACAACCUGUACAAAAUUCUCACAGCGCCGGCUCUUGCUCUCAUGCUCAACCGAUCCAUCAUUGUGGGCGAGAACUAUGGCACGCGUCCUGUCAUGGAGAGCAACAGGACAGUUGGGCAGCGCCUAUGGAAGGACUAUCUUGCCUUCUCCCCGGAAGUAUUCUCCAUGCUCGAGUUGAGGCACCUCUGGUAUCAGCACAAGUGUGAGCAGCGCUACAAGAGGUCUCUGGUGGUCAGAACGGAUUCGUUUGCCAACCGGGCGAGGUCUCGCACGCUGUGUGAUGAUUGGUCGACCUGGAAGGAACCCAUUAUCUGUUUUGAUGAUGCAUUGGAUUCAGUGGGUAUUCAGACAUUCCUGAAGAACCUCCAUCCAUCCAUGCGGGGGAGAGCGCAGGCCAUCAUGGGUGUGCCAUGGGACCCCAACUCGCGCCCCAACCUCUUUGGGGAGAUUGCGCGUGUGCUACUGCUGCCCACGCCAGCGGUGGCGGAUGCAGUGAGAUGGGCGCUGGGCAGCGGAGGGAAGGACGCUGAUGUGGUGAUUCACUUUCGGCACGGCGGGUGA